CGUUAAACUUUGUUAUUCAAAAAUUUAUCAUUUUUCAAAAAGGAAUUGCUUUUUGCGUUUGGUUCUUAAAUCGAAUUGCUACAAAAAAUGAAUAAUUUUGUAUUUCCCGAAGAAUUGAGCUUUUUUGUUGGGAGUAUACGUCCAUUUGAGAUUCGUGAUGUUGGUUCGGACAAAUGGUUAGAUGUUCAUGAGAUGAUCAUAAAACUAAGCCAACAGGCCAUUCUUGAGGCUGCUGAACAUCGAGAGGAAGAAGUCAAGGAAAUGCUAAUAACCCAAGAUAAAUUAAAGAUUCUCAUACAUGAAGCUUUCUGUGUAUUCUUGUGGAAGACAAAGCUAUUACCUCAUCUCCUGGAUAUUGAUCCCAAUCCACAGGCCACAUUUUUGAUUUACACCGUGCUAUACCAUGAGGGUGCUGUUAUAACAUUGUUAGAUAUGGCCCUAUAUCAUUCCAGUGGUUGUGAGGCAUUAAAAGAUACAUCACUGGAUUUAAUUGAUUAUUGUGCACAGGGUGUUGCCCAAGUCAUUGGUUUGGUAAGCAUGGGCUAUCACGAGAACGGGGACAACAUUGACGUGGAUGAAGCAAUACUAACAGAGUUGGAACGCCAAAAAAGAGACCUCAUCUAUAAAAUUGGUAUUCGCUGCAUUUCCAUACUUUGUUACAUGGCUGAUAAUUUAAAUUCUUUGCCAAUAAGUGCAACACGCCGUAUGGUUGUAACCCACGAUAUUAUAUGGUUAAUGGCUGAUUUAUUGCAAUUUCGACCAUGGCAAAGAAAAACCAAAAAAGGUCUAGAAAAGUACGUCGAUGAAAAAUGGGUUGUUGUAAGGGGCGAAGGUGUUGCAAAAGUUGUUAAACAUGAAGCCCAUGCAUGGUUUUGUUUAAGACAAUUAUUAUUCAAUUCAAAUGUUAUGCAGUCAUAUGAGCUUAACGAAGAAAGAAGGAAGCAUUUGGGAAAGUGUUUGGGCUUAUUGCACGAAUCCCUGUUGGACCAAUUGCCGCCAUUAAUUGAUCUAAAACAACACCUAUGCCAACUAUCAAUGUCCGGCAAUGAUGCAGCGACAACAGCUUCUAAGAAAUCAAAUCUUGUUUUAGAAGAACUGCCAGAAAUAAAGGAAAACCUAAUUGCUGAUACCGAAAAAUAUGGUGGAUUCUUGGGAAUUGCCCAAUUGCAGGAGCAAAUAUUUCUCUCCAAAGAUAAAGAUCAUAUUUUAAGUGUGGCUCAACGACUUAAUAUAGCCUACAAUACUGAUCUCUUGGCCGAAUUGGAGGAAAAGGUGACAGCUACUAACGAACAGUUGGUCGACGGAUCUAAUAUGCAGUCAAAUACAAAUGCAGAACACAAGUGCGCAAAUUGCCAAGGAAGUGCAGAGAAAAAAUGCUCACAGUGUAAAGUCAUUUACUACUGUUCUAGGAAAUGUCAACUGGACGAUUGGACUGGACAUAAGAACAAUUGCCUCAAGAUGAAAUAAGGAACUCUUCAAAUCCACAAUAUAUCACAUCCACAAAACGUAUGCCUUUAACAUAUCGAUGCAUCCGAUUGAAAUCGAUUUUUUUUCA